CUGUUAUUGUGGGUUGCCUCGGCAAUGGCAGGCUGCGUCAGGAAUGGGAGAGUACCUCAGUAGGGGCCGAAUGUCUCGGUAAUGGCAGAUGACCCUCCCCCACCGAGCUGCACUGUCCUAGGUUCAGCUGUGCCCGCCAUGAAACUCAACCCAGAACGUUUCAAAUCGUCGUUUUGUUUGUCCCUGUGGGGGUGGGACCUGUCAAGCCUGAUCACCUGGCUCCCUGCCUCAGAGCCCUUUUGUUUUUUUUAAGUUGAAUGGUUGACUCUCUCCCAGGUGUUUCAGUCGCCUGCUGAAAGGGCACCGGGAUCUGUGUGUUUUCCCAUGGAGUGACUCACUGGCUCACAGUUUGCUUCCCAGGAAUCUCCUGGCCUGGCUCACUGUCCAAGUCCCAUUUAAUCAUAUGAAUAUGCUAAUCUGCCCUCCCAAAUCUCAAAUUGCCGGUUUAACAGGGCACCCAGACCAGUGUGUUUUGUGUGGCGUGCCCCUGUGCUGCGGUGCUGGUCAAAACAGCCGCGCCAGCCAAGACAGCUGCACUGGCGUCCCCUGUCUCUCCUACACCUGGGAAUUUCCCCGUUCUGUGGGCAACAAAGAUCUGUCUGGAAAUGUGGCAUGAACUCACCCUCUGCGUCUUCACUGAGAGCUGCAAUCCUGAGUUGCUUCUACAGUGCCAUCUUCCCCUACUCCGGCAGGUCUCAUCCUCAUACUGGCUGUGUCCAGACAAGCCCAUCAAGUACUCCACUGGCAGGACAAAGGGGCCGACAGCUUCCACAGCUUCCACCAAAGGGAACACUGGAGAGAAACAAUGGAGUCAAGGAGAUAGAACCUUAUGAAGGUCUGUACAUAAAGGAGGGUUUGUUUUAUGCUAACAGCCUUUUGGGGUGCUAGUAAGCAAAAAUAAACCAAACUGCAAUUGAUGUCCCUUCAUUGUAUAGACAUAUACAGUAAAAUUAUUUUGUUUUAUGAU